CAAAGAUCGUAUAGCGCCGCGUUAUGAUCACACUUGACCUGUUGAAAUAUUUGGCGCGAGGGAAAAGCAAAACGUAUUGUUUUCCAACAUCCUUUCAGUCAUAUUGCACAAUGAAAUUGUCUUCGGGUGCAUUGAAGGAAAUUUCAGUGGAUAGCAAGCAUGUAGACAAGCCUAUCUUCCAGCUUUUGGCCCUUAAGAAGAUUGGUGCGAAUAGUGGGAGCAAUGACCGUUACAGAUUGCUCCUCUCUGAUGGUCAACACAGCUAUUCAGCUAUGUUGGGAACACAGUUGAAUUCUCUAGUGAACAAUAAUCAACUUCAGCCAAAAACUAUAGUCCAACUUGACAAAUACAUUUGUAACACAAUUGGAGAUACAAACAAGAAGGUGAUGAUAGUACUUGAGGUGUCUAUAUUGGAUCAACCAAAUGAGAAGAUUGGAAACCCACAGCCCUUAUCAUCUACAAAUCAGCAGCAGCAAAAUCAGGCUGCUCCAGCACCUGCCCCAGCUCAAACUAUUAACAAACCAGUCCCCAAGUUUCAAGGUGGCUCUUCAAACAAACCUGCUGGUAACUUCUACAGCAAUGCACCCACGACUCCUGGGGGAACACCUGCCAAGGCCCAACCAAUUGCUAGUCUGACGCCGUAUCAGAACAGAUGGACUAUCAAGGCUCGUGUAACAAACAAGACAGCGAUCCGCAGGUGGAAUAAUUCACGUGGAGAGGGAGAGCUGUUCUCUAUGGAUCUGGUGGACCAAUCUGGUGAGAUACGUGCCACUGCUUUCAAAGAGCAAUGUCAAAAAUAUUAUGACCUGAUACAGAUUGGAAAAGUGUAUCUUAUCAGCAAGUGUGGACUAAAACCAGCUAACAAGCAGUAUACUUCCAUUGACAAUGAUUAUGAGAUGACCUUCAAUCACGAAACCAUUGUCCAACCUGUAGAUGAAGAUGUUGAAGAAAUUCCCGGAAUGCAGUUCAACUUCAGGAAAAUUGAUGAACUUGAGAACUGUGCCAAAGAUACUAUCUUAGAUGUUAUUGGGGUGGUGAAGAGUGCUGGAGAUUGCACCACAAUCAUGACACGCAACAGUCAAGAGGUCGCCAAGAGGGACGUCCAAUUGGUUGAUGAUUCAGAACGCAUUGUAAACCUGACGUUAUGGAGAGAGCAGGCUGAGACUUUUGAUGCCAGUAACAACCCAGUGCUGGCUAUUAAGGGAGCCAAGGUGUCCGACUUUGGAGGAAGAUCUCUUAAUUUAUCAUCAGGCGCAGUGUUGCAGAUGAAUCCAGAUAUUCCCAGAGCCCACCAGUUGAAGGGAUGGUAUGACAAUGUUGGUUACUCAAAGGACAUGCACUCAAUCUCAGAACAAAGGGGAGGUGGAGGUGGAGGGUCAGCGAACUGGAUGACCAUUAAAGAGUCUCAAAAUCUUGGACAAGGUGAAAAGCCUGACUACUUUACAAUGAAGGGCACCAUCAUGCACAUGAAAUCAGAAAAUUGUCUUUAUAAGGCUUGUCCAGAAAAAGACUGUAACAAGAAACUGUUAGAUAACGGUGACAACACUUACCGGUGUGAGAAGUGUAGUAAAACUUGCACAGAUUUUAAGUAUCGAUUGAUCCUACAGUCAUAUAUUCAUGACUGUACAGGGAGUGUGUGGGUCACAAGCUUCCAAGACACUGCUGAGUAUCUGUUGGGUCAAAAUGCAAGUUACCUAGGUCAACUGAAAGAAGAUGAUUCAGAUGCAUUCAACCGUGUCUUCACCGAGGCACUUUUCAAGUCGUACAUAUUCAAAAUGAGAAUCAAAAUGGAGACAUAUAAUGAAGAAUCUCGAUUGAAAAACUCUUGCAUAUCCGCUGCACCAGUCGAUUUCAAGGAAUACUCACGAAGACUCAUCACAGAAAUCAACAAGCUAGCAAUCAUGUAGGACCACUGCUGCUAUCAAAGCUAGUAGUUAAGAUACAUUAAGACCAUCACUACUACAAAUAUCAACAUGCUAGCUGUCAACAACGCUACCACAUCUAUCAAUGAGCUAGCAGUCAACAACGCUACCACAUCAAUCAACAACCUG